AUGACAACAACUGUUCCUAAAGUGUUUGCAUUUCACGAGUUUGCAGGGGUAGCAGAAGCUGUUGCCGAUCAUGUUAUUCAUGCCCAAAAUUCAGCCCUCAAGAAGGGAAAGGCCUCGAAACCGCGGCAGAUGUCCGCAACGAGUCUGAACGGAAACGGUAACACGGAAUCUAAAACGAUGGAGAGAGUAAACUCCGUUAGGAGUAAUGCAUCUAGUCGCGGUGGUAACGAAGACGGUGUCACCAAGAAAUUGAAAAAGGAGAAAGAAAGAAGGUUUAAGAUUGCAUUGUCUGGGGGUUCGUUAAUUCAAGUAUUGCAUGAAGGUUUACUGAAUAGAGACGAUGUUCAAUGGAGCAAGUGGGACAUUUACUUUGCGGAUGAAAGAUUAGUGCCUUUUAGCUCCGGUGAAAGCAACUAUGGGUUGGCCAAGAGAGAAAUAUUUGAUUUGAUAGAUACAAAGAAGUAUGGAACUCCGAGAAUUUAUCAUAUUGACGAGUCGUUGAUUAGCGACCCUCAAGAAUGCGCAGAUAAUUACGAAAAAAUUUUGAUCAAGGGAUUUGCUGGCAGGGAUUCUGUCAAGCUACCGAUGUUUGAUCUAUUCUUGUUAGGGUGCGCUCCUGACGGUCAUAUUGCCUCACUGUUCCCCAAUUUUCAAGAGAAUCUUCGCGAAAACUUGGCAUGGGUCGUACCUGUAGAAAAUGCCCCCAGCGGACCAUCGAAUAGAAUAUCGUUGACUAUUCCAGUGAUUUGCCAUUCUCAUCGAGUCACCUUCGUUGUCGAAGGUGCCACGAAGGCGCCCGUGAUCAAGACCAUAAUGGAAAGACCUGAAAAGGGAUUGCCCAGCAGUAUUGUCAAUGAGGGUGCUGCAGGUCGUGUUUCGUGGUUUGUGGACGAUGAUGCUUUGAAAGAUGUCUUUGUGACUAAGAAGAAGUAUAAGUUUUACGAUGACGAUAACUUGACAGAGUGA